GUGUGAUAAAUGACCACCGCCCCCUUGUUAUUAUUACUUAACGCUUGGAAGUUCAAUGAUAGUCCCAGCGGGGGAGGGGGAGAGAAUAAAUAAAUACGCGUGGCCACCCCUGUCCCGUUGAACGACUACAUUUCCCAGCAUGCUCCACGGCCGCUCUCUGUUCCCUGACAUGCCCGCGAAGGCUCGUUGGAGGGAGUGCGCACGCGCGAUAGCCUCGAGCGUCCUGCUCGGCAGCGGAGAGGCGGGGCACCCCGUGGGAGUGACGGCUUAACCCCUGCCUGGGUGGGGAUUCCUGAGGAUUUGCAUUCCGUUCUUUCCUUCCAGUGUUAAGGAUCUUACGGCGGAGUUUAGAGACUCGCAAGCUCAAGAUGUCUCGAAAUUUUUCUGACACCGGUAGCAAGAAAGAACAUGUUAAAAUUACAAGUGAGCGCAAGCCUGGAUUUCUGGAGCGCCUCAGUGAAACCUCUGGAGGGAUGCUCAUAGGACUUGCUGCAUUUGCCCUCUCUUUUUACGUUCUUUUUACCAAUGAGGGGCGAGCUUUGAAGACGGCCUCCUCUUUAGAAGAAGGGCUUUCUCUGGUGGUCCCUCUCGACGACAUCCAUAACGUAUUACAAGAGAAUGAAAGGAAACUUGUGCACCUGUCGGGUCCCCUUAGAACUUCAAAGCCUUUAUAUGAUCCCAGCUAUGGACUUUCUAUCCGGGCUGUGAAGCUGAAGCGUAAUGUGGAGAUGUAUCAAUGGGUAGAAUAUGAAGAUUCCAAAGAAUAUGAAGAGAAUGGUGAAGUGAAAAAAGAAACCAGAUAUUCAUAUAAUACUGAAUGGAAAUCGGAAGUUGUGAACAGCAGAAAUUUUGAUCGGGAAAUUGGUCAUAAAAAUCCUAGUGCCAUGGCUGUUGAAACUUUCACUGCAGUUGCUCCUGAUGUCCAAGUGGGCAGAUUCUUUCUUUCCAAAGGCCUUGUUGAGAAGAUUGAUAACUUCAAACAGAUGAGCUUGGCAAAACUGGAAGAUCCCCACGCUGAUGUGAUCCGCUCAGGGGAUUACUUUUUUCACAGUGAGAAUCCUCGACGUCCAGAAGUAGGAGAUCUUCGUGUUUCUUUCUUCUAUGCAGGUUUGAGUGGAGACUCAUCCCACCUGGGUCCAGCAGAUACGGUGACAGUAAUUGCUCGUCAACAAGGGGACCAGUUGGCUUCAUACCGAACCAAGACUGGGGAUAUCUUGCAGAUCCUCUAUCCCGAUGAGCUCUCUGCUGAGGAGGUGUUCCAGAAAGAACAUGAAAGUAACAACAUGAAGACCUGGGGCCUCCGUGCAGCUGGAUGGAUGUCUAUGUUUGUAGGCAUCAGCCUUAUGACCAGGAUUUUUUACACCCUGGUGGACUGGUUUCCAGUAGUCCGGGACCUGGUCAACCUUGGCCUGAAAGCAUUUGCCUUUUGCUUGGCUACUUCUCUGUCCCUGCUGACCAUUUCGGUGGGCUGGCUCUUCUACCGGCCUCUCUGGGCCGGACUGAUUGCCCUGUUGGCGGCGGUUCCCAUUGUGAUUGCGAGGUCCCGGGUUCCACCCAAGAAGCAGCAGUGAUACCGUGGAGAAGGGGCCUCAGGGUGCACACCCGAAUCUCUUUGGAGACGCCCGGAACUUCUCAAGCAAUUGCCACUGUGUAUGUGUGGGUUUUGUUUUCUGUUUUCCAAAACGAAAACUCCUUGACUUUGCAAUCCAGACAGUACGACACCAAAGAGUUUCAUGAUGGACCUAGAUGCUGAACAUGUGUACAGUUUUUAUUACGUAACCAAGUGAAAAAGUGCAACUUGUCUUUUUUAAGUUGAUGGAAACAAAAUGGUAGAAAUGGAAUAGAAUUUUUGUGUGCUGGAUAUCAAGCACAAUCAAGCGAAGCUGACUUUGCAGCUUGAUUAAAACAGUCUGGCGACCUCAUAAGGAAAGGAUAAGUGGUUUGUUGUAUUGAUGAAGACCACAUCAGGUUUUUGAAACUGUGUAAAUCAUUAGGGGUUUUUUUGUGCCUUUUCCUUGCUUAUCUCUGUUAAAGUUAUAUACUUUGAUGCUAGGAGCUUGCAUAUGAUGUAAGGGGUAAAAUGGCCAUGUUAAAAUGUUUCUGGACUGUUCUCCCC